UAUCUUUGUAAACGCACCAGCAAACGUCACGCUACGGUUCACUACUGUCGACGGGAAACAUUUCUUAUUUUUCUAUUUAUAUCUAAAAGUCCUAAUUCUUAUUAUCCGACCAAAUGUGAUAUUUAAUUAAGCACGAGUCUACUGUUAAUUUAAUUGACUUUACAGUGCAAUACGCUCCAUUCAUGCCAGAAUGGAGCAACCAAAUAGCAUAGUUUUGUGUGACAAUCUCAUUAAAUGGUUGCAGACCUUAAAUCUUAAGGCUAAACAUGGAAAUCCAUCAGAACUCUCAGAUGGUGUGGCCAUUGCCGAGGCUCUUACACAAGUUGCCCCGGAAUAUUUCUCUCCAUCAUGGAAUACCAAAAUCAAAACAGAUGUGGGUCACAACUGGAGGCUAAAAGUCAGCAAUAUGAAAAAAAUAUUAGAAGGUGUAUUUGAUUAUCAUCAAGAUAUAUUAAAUUUGAGCCUGCAAGACUUUUCACGGCCUGAUGUAGUCAAUAUUGCUGAACAUGCAGACCCGUCAGAUCUAGGGAGACUAUUGCAACUUGUUCUUAGUUGUGCCGUGAACUGCGAUAAGAAAGAAGAAUACAUCACGAGGAUAAUGGAGCUGGAACUCUCUUGUCAGCGGUCGAUCAUGCAAGCUAUACAGGAAUUGGAGACGUUGACGCUGGGCGGAAGGGGGGCGCCGCAUGCGGACGCGCCGGAGCCGGACACGGACAUGAGGGAGGUGCUCGCCCAGCGGUGCCAUGAACUUGACACGCAGGUAAAAGUCCUCCAAGAAGAGAAGAUGACGCUACUAAGCGAGGUAGCGCGGCUGACCGCGUCGAGGCAGGACGAGAGGCCCGACGACGAUGACGCCGAGCUCGACGAGGCAGGCGCCUCCCUCGGACCUGCACACGCGGGAACAUUACGAUACAGUAAUAUGCGGGCGCAGUUAGACGCGUUGAAGGACGAAUUGGACAAAGUGGAACUACAGAGAGAUGACCAGCGGGCGAGGGCCGACGCGUUCGAACGGGAGUUAGCGCUCAUGAAAUUAAGAAACGAAGAGUUACAAAUAGCAGCGUCAGAGAACGUAACGCUAAAAGAUGAGGUAGACGCUUUAAGGGAGACGGCUGCGAAAGCGGCCACACUUGAAGCCACUGUGGCUUCCUAUAAGAAGAGGAUGGAGGAACAUGUCGACUUGAGAAGACAGGUGAAACUACUGGAGCGAGCGAACACAGAGCACGUGCAACGAGCGAUAGAACAUGAGCAGGCGGCCACGCGAGCGAAUGCGUUACGCGCUAAACUAGACAUUUAUAAAAAACAGGUUAUAGAUUUAAAUGAGAAACUAGACGCUGAAAUGACGAAAGCGGACAAACUGGAGAUAGAGAACAAAAAGCUGUCGAGCCGAGCAGAUUUCCUGCAGCGCGAGCGAGACAAACUAGUGUGCGACAGGGACGCACUGAAGGAAACGGUGGAGGACCUCACCCACUAUACUAUAACUGCAGGGGCCAGCGAAGACAACGUAUCGCAGGAGCUGAUCCCGACGGAGAUGAAGGAUAAGCUGAUCCGGCUCGAACAUGAGAACAAACUGUUACGGCAGAACCAGGGUGCGCAGGCCGACCAAGGAUCUGUACAGGCUUUGCUAGAAGACUACGCAGCGCGGUUAGAGAAGCAACGCGCCUUACAUAGAGAACAGAACCAACGCAUCAUGCAGCUGGAGGCUGCGCUCGAGGCCGCGCCGGCGAGGGACCCGCGCCUCGCUACCGCCAUGGAGGAUAGUCAGCGGAAAUCAUUACAAGUAGAAGAGUUACAAGCCGCUGUAGCCGAAGAGCGCCGGCGCGCCGGGAAACUACAGGAGGCGCUCGCGGCGCGGGACGCCGAGCUCGUCGCCACCGAGGACAAGUACAAGCGGUGCGUCGAGAAGGCCAAGGAGGUCAUCAAAUCAUUAGACCCCAGGGCUGCGGCGUUGCCGUCGCUGUCGGACAUGACGUUGGGCUACGCGCGCGGCGCAGGCGCCGGUGCGGCCAGAGGCGAUGCUACGCCCAACAAUAACCGACACGAAUGGAGCGGCAGCGGCAGCGGCGGCGGCAGCUCGGAGCCGCGCGGCAGCACGGAGCAGCGUCUGCUGACGUCCGCCUGGUACCAGCUGGGCGCGCGCUGCCACCGCGACGCCGUCGAGACGCGCUUCGCGUUGCUCUCUGCCGGACAUUCCUUCCUCGCUCGGCAGCGCCGGCAACCCCCCCACCCCCACCCCCGAGCUCGAGCAGGCCCGCCCGCGCAGCCCUGACACCCCGCGGUGCACUAUGACAAAUUCUGCGCCAGGAUACGGGAGUCGUAGGCGCGUCGUAUGUGAGGGUAUGUGCCGUUAUUUCUACUGCCCCGCGACGCGGUAGAGACGCGCUUCACCCUGCUGUCGGCCAGUUCCUCACCCCCGCGCGGCCCGGACACCUCUGGGUGCAUCAUGAUAAAGUGCAGGGUACCUAAAUAUGUCUCGUUUGGUCUAUACCCCGGUCGAAUAUAGUGCGGUAUCCCUCGGUCGAUGUUAUUUGUAUAACGUUAUUUACCCUUUAUAAAGCUUUUUGACAAAAACUGCGUCGACUAAACUAUGUUUUUAUAUCCCGGAUGCUAUAAUGACGAUUCGUACACGUGAGUGGUACGAUCACUUUUGUAGCAUUUAAGGUGGUGGUACUAGUACUCGACAUGCUAAUAGAUAACACCCUGCUGUCACCUCUAUUAACAAUGACUUAAGUUUCAAGAUGACAUGUACUGGGACCGCGUCGAGCACCAGUACCACCACCCUAUGUACCAAAAUGACAGAUCGGUUUGGCACAUUGGGGCAACCUAAUCGUCAUUUUAUGGAUAUGUUACGGGCAACUUAAUUGACCAGGCAGUAUACAUAAUAACCGGUCAUUAUGAAUAAUGUUCAAGAGCUUCGGGCACACUGAUAAAUGUAUUACUUUGGUCGGUCCAUAUUAAUGAUGCCCGACGCCCCGUAGUCCAAUUAAUGAAUAAAGGUUUGAGAUAGCUUGAAUUUAUCACUUGGACCGAACAGUAUGAAUACUUCCCUACUUCUAGUCGGGCAAUGUGAUAAAUUCGGUCCCACCGUGGUGGAAGCAGUUUAUUUAUGUGGGAGGUUGCAAUUCUAACCUGACCUAAACCUACUUUUCUAAAAACACUUUUUUUGUGGAUGGUUGCAGUAUCUAAGUAACCUAACCUAAACCUUCUUUUUUAUAAACAAUUCAUUUCAGUGGGGAUUGUAUUUCUAACCUAACCUGAACCUACUUUUCUGUAAGUAGUUCCUUUCUGUGCGGGGUUGCAGUUCUUACCUAAACUAAACCUACACUACAUCUCAUCUAUUUUAUUAGUUUUAUUACAUUGCCCAUAUACUAAUAUUAUUCAUACUGACCGGUCAAAGUGAUUAAUCAUGCUGUUUUAAUUACAUUGUCCACUUGAUGCCGGCAUUAUGCAUACCGACCGGUCAUUAUACAUAGUAACCGGGCUUAUCAAGUUGCCCGUAACAGAUAUAUAAGCAAGGUUUAGGUAAUGUGUUAAAAAAACACACACAAUAUUUAAUUUCACUAAAUUAAUAUAAAUAAUGGAUAAUAUCAAUGCAUUUAUGAUUAGAUAAAUUUAACACUAACGGACGGCGCUGGCCUGCACUGCCUUAGUAAAAUGUGACAAAAGAGUAGCUCUAAAUGGACUCAAAUACAUUUUAAAUAAAAUUAUUAUUGUAAAUUAUCUGAUUAUCUUCUUAACCUCGUAAUUUACUCGAUUUUGCGAAAACCACAUCAAAACGUAACUUGAUUUACCAGAAUAUCUUUACUUUUUUGAAGUGGUCUUAAAUUGGAUAGAAUUUCAUACUGAAAACGAACAAAAAUACGAGAUUCAGAAGAGAUCAAUCCAAAAGUAGUUGAGGUAAAUAUGCCGAUCUAUUUUUUUAUUAGUGUAAACUCGUUUAAGGUGUAGACGUACAGAUCUAGUACAUAACCUUUUUUCCGUCGUAUUUUCACGGAAACGUACCAAGGUGUCAUGUUAUUUCAGUCAAUCGCAAUACAAAAGGUACUGAGGCUGACUGAAGUAGCAUGACAAAUGUGAAUGUUUCCGAGAAAAUACGAUGGAAAACAAUUGGACAACAAUUGUGCACUACAUAUG